AUGUCGAAAGUCACAUUCGCUAUCAUUGCGGCAGCCGCCGGCGCAGCGACCGGCGCAGCUGCGACUGCAGCAUUGUACUCCACCAAGAAGGAGACCCCGACCCCUGUGACAACAACGACUACGACAACCACGACUGCUGCUCCGCCCCGACCAGUCCCUGCGCCAGCGCCCAUCUCUCCUGCAGCGGCUCCUGUUAAGAGAGCCCUCGUCGAUCCGAACGGCCUCUUCCAAUACGGCUUCCCAGGUCCUGUAGCCGACCUCAAACCAGCCUCCUCCCUUACCUCCUCAUUUGACCGUCGCACGCGAAACCCAGCAUGGGUUGCCGAGCACAUCACUCCCGAGUCACUCGCCCAAAACAAUGCCGACCGCAAAAACAGCGUUUUCGUAGAAGACAUGUCGAUACCGGAGAUGUUCCGCGCAAAACUGAAGGACUACUUCCGGUCGGGUUAUGACCGAGGCCACCAGGUCCCGGCGGCGGACGCAAAGUGGAGUCAACAGGCCAUGGAUGACACAUUCCUGCUGAGCAACAUGUGUCCGCAGGUCGGCGAUGGGUUCAAUCGGGACUACUGGGCACAUUUCGAGGACUUUUGCAGGCGAUUGACGGGCACGUAUCCUUCCGUGAGGAUUGUCACAGGCCCCUUGUAUCUGCCAAAGCGGGACCCGGAUGGAAAGUGGAGAGUGAGCUACGAAGUCAUUGGAUCGCCGCCGAAUGUUGCUGUGCCGACACAUUUUUAUAAGGUUAUUUUCGGCGAGGAUGGCAAAGAUGGUGGAAAGGUGGCGCUGGGAGCUUUCGUCCUUCCAAACGCCGUGAUUUCGAACAACAAGCCGCUGCAAGACUUUGAAGUACCUUUGGAGGUUGUGGAAAGGGCGAGCGGCUUGGAAUUUGCGUCGAAGCUGGAGCCCGCGAGACGGAAGCGGCUGUGCCAGGAGGUGAACUGUUCGAUCAUUGUUAAGGAGUAUAAGAAGAGGCAGGAAAGCUUUGGAAAGAAUAACUGAGAUAGCGGCCGAUUUGAGAAUGUUUCGACCAUGUAUACCAUUUGUAUAUUCCAGCAUUGUCCGUAUAUAGUCAGGUUCCAUGCGACAAACAUAGAUCGGCU